AAAGACUCAGUGUGUGUGUGUUUGUUUGUUUUUGUUUGUGUGUGAGAGAGAGAGAAUGAGAAAGUGUGUGUGUGCAUGAAUGAGAGAGGGUGUAUGAAAUGCAUUUGUGAGCUUGCUCAUGUUUGUGAGAAUUGUAAUAAGUUGCCUUAGAACAAGCAUUUAGGUUUAGGGUUGUAGUUCUAGAAAUACAUACAUAAAUACAUCUAGAUAGAGAUAAGUUGCUGUAUUGGUUGUAAAAUGAAGUUGACAUUUUCUGCUAUUGAUUGGUGUAAUUGACCCUAGCCAUACUGACUAAAAAGAGUAUACCGGAUUGUCAUAACCCUUUUUCUUCUUAGUCAGCAUGGCUAGAUUGAUUUUGGAAUUAAAUACUUUUUUUCUUUACAGCCAGUGGGCCAUAGUUACAUCACAUUUUUAUCUCUGUGCAGAAUUUGCUCAUUAUUUUCAAAAUCAAUGCAACAAAAAUAAACUCUUUCUUUAAAUGAUACCAUAAAAUAUUAGUUUUUCCUUUAGUCUUUUUUUAACCUGUUCUCUAUGUUUUAUGGUACUCUACAGCAUCCAAAGAGCAUGUGCAGACCAGCUGGUUGGAGUGUUUCUGGAGAUAUUCAACCUCCCUUUCCCAGUCUGUUGUCCUCACUUGCUUCAAAAUGUCCACCAUUGUUCCUGUACCCCAAAAGGCUAGAUCCACGGACGACGCAAUCGCCAUUGCACACUGCCCUAUCCCACCUGGAAAAGAGGAAUACCUAUGUAAGAAUGCUGUUCAUCAACUACAGCUCAGCCUUCAAAGCCAUAGUGCCCUCCAAGCUCAUCACAAAGCUCUGAACCCCCCUGCAACUGUGUCCUAGACUUCCUGAUGAGCUGACCCAGAUGAUGAAGGUCCGAAUCAACACUGGGUCAUCAGAGAUGCUGAGCCAAAAAAUCAAGGACUUGCAAGCUCCUGAUUUAAAAACGAAAUUAAUACUUUGUUUAAUUUCCUAUCCUUUUUGUUUGUCAAUCCCAAACAUUUAAUUUAGGACUAUUUCUGCUGAAUAAACCUGCCAACAUAUUCCAGUUCACCUGUUUCAACCGUCUCAAUGGCAUUUUUAAUGAAAAAGAAGAGGUUCAAGUUUCAAAUCCAUUUUACAUUGGAGGAGCUCACGGCCGUACCGUUUGUCAAUGGGGUACUUUUUUGCAAGAUCCGAUUGUUGGACGGUGGGGACUUUGCCGUCUCAUCAUCCAGGGAGGAGGUCCAACAGAACUGUGUUCGUUGGAAGAAGAAGUUCUCCUUCAUCUGUAAGAUGAGUGCCAGUCCCACCACUGGAGUCCUGGACCCCUGCAUCUGCAGGGUCUCUGUACGCAAGGAGCUCAAAGGAGGAAAGACGUUUUCAAAGCUGGGCUUUGCUGACCUCAACAUGGCGGAGUUUGCUGGCUCAGGCUCCACUGUGCGCUGCUGUAUCCUCGAGGGCUACGACACUAAGAACACUCGUCAGGACAACUCCAUUCUCAAGGUUACUAUUGGAAUUACACUUUUGUCGGGGGAUCCUUGCUUCAAAACGCCCCCCAGUACAGCCAAGUCAAUCUCGAUCCCGGGCCAGGACCCAUCCCUGCAGCUGGACUGUAAAGGCGAGGGCACCGAUGCCAACUCAAACCCUCCCCCAGGGGGCGUCAUCAGGACAUCAUCAGGACGGCCCCUCAAACCCAGACUCCCCUCAGCUCCCCUCAACUCUGGUCUACCCGAGCAGUUGGAGCAGAGCCUGCCCAGCCCAGAUGAGGUCUUCCACAUAGGACACUCCCGGAACUCCAGCUAUGCCAGCCAGCAGAGCAAGAUAUCAGGGUACAGUACGGAGCACUCUCGCUCCUCCAGCCUAACAGACCUCACACACCGGCGUAACACCUCCACAAGCAGUAGCACUUCUGGGGGCCUGGCCACCCCCACCCAGACCCCCCACGCACAUGCACAUGCCCUCGCCAACUCCCACCCCCUUGCAGCAGACCCCCAGACAACCGGAGAGCCUGGCACCAAGUGUGAGAGACCCCCGCGGCCACCGCGGCCCAUCCUGCUCUCCAACAGACCCUCCAGGAGGAAGAAGGACACGGUUGAGAGUCAACCCACCUGGGUGGAUGAUACGCGCAUAGACGCCGACGACAUCGUGGACAAGAUUAUCCAGAGCCAGAACUUUGCCGAUGUCAGCAGCCACGAAGAAGACAGCAACCUCAGAUUGUUUGUCAGCAAAGAUGGGACUACAGCCCUAAGUGGGUUACAACUGGGGAACAAGGUGACUGCUGGCGUCUUUGAGCCAGUGGUGAUCGAGAGCCACUAGCGAUGAGUGUGUGUGUGUUCACACAAAUGCACAUACCCCUGUCUUUUGAGUUACACCACUUCAACAAACACCACUAAACAACAUAUGUAACCCUUUAAUGAGAUAUUUACGGUGAUGGGAGGUGUAAUUUAUGAAUAAUCCAUUCAUGUAGAAAAGUUUUUAUAUUCAUGCUUUCAUCUGGGGGACCAUAGGUGUAAAGGGUGCAAACUACUUGAGAGAGAGAAAUGGGAAACCAUUGCACCGUGGGAGUUGUAGUGAAACACUGAAAAUCAGGAAAAAGCUUGCCACACAGGUUGUGUUGGAGGCAAAUGUGGCUGCCUCAAAAAGUUGGAAUGUUAUGAUUUAACCUGUUUGUAUAAUUUUUGAACAAUGUUUGUGUAUGAUAAUGGUUGGGGAUACAUUUAGUUAUUCAAAUAACAAAUAUAAAUUCAAAUGAGGGGAGAUUACUUUAUCAAAGAAAGACUUGGUUACAAACUACUAAAUAGAGAAAUUGAACAGGCCAUUUGAACUAGGCUUGAAUGGGUGGUUUUCAAUGUGAAAUGUUCUAUAUUUGAUGACCCCUUGCAAUCCCCCGAUUUCAGAAACCGUACCAGACCUGGGGUCAAAAUUACGGUAUAGCCCAAAGAACCCAUGUUAUAGAAUAAAAUUAUAUAUACAUUAUAGAAUAUAUUAUAAAUUACAAAAUGUUUUACAAUAUAGGCUUAUAUAUAAUAUGAUCAAAGAUCAUGUUGAAAUACGGACCUCAGAAAGAGAAACGCGUGCACAUAUGGCUGGCCAUAUGCAACUGUACAUACUACAUGGUCAAUGAUUCAUCCAUUACUCUAGUCUAGAUAAAUGCAGGCCGGAUUGGUAAUUGAUUACUGUAGUCUAGGUAAAUGCAGGCAGGAUUGGUAAUUGAUUACUGUAGUCUAGGUAAAUGCAGGCCGGAUUGGUAAUUGAUUACUGUAGUCUAGAUAAAUGCAGGCCGGAUUGGUAAUCGAGUACUGGAGUCUAAGCCCUUGAUCCUCUCCUGGGUCUUGUACAUAGUGUCUCACAUUACGGAUGUAAAGAAGACUAUCCUCAAGCGCACCAGCUGACUAUACCGUAAGUGGAAAAGUUGGAAAAUCAGAGGGGGACAUUUCUGUCUUUGUUGACAGUCUGUCUGUCUGUUUGUCUGUCGUUUUAUCCCUUGACUGUCGCUCAUUUGUCCUGUAUGUCAGACCCAAUUAUUUUGUGUCACCAUGCCCAUGACAUCCCUCCAUGUUGUCAAGGACUGGAGUUGUCAAUGAAUUACGUUACUAGGUUUCUGGGAGAAAAAAAUACAUCUUGAUCUGCAAGAAAGCCCUUUUGUAUUUGUGUUCUCAACAAAUCAAUGCUUACAGUGAGACUCAAAAGGAAACUUGACUGCAUAUUAUUUCAAAUAUGCUUUCUCAAUGCAAGCCAGGUCACUGAUUUUGAGUAGGGGGCCCUUAAAUGGUUUGGUUACUGAAGUGGGUUACUAAAGAUGGCUGGCUAACUUUGGAAUCCUUCUUUGUGAAAUACCUUCUAUAUGGGCUUGGCUAGAACUGUCCAACUGUUGCCCUUCCACUAAGCCUCAAUAUCACCAGUCGUUAUCAAGCGUAAUGAACUGACAAGGGCUCUAAUGAUAAAACUGACAAUGGUAUCUGGUCAUCUUCAUUUAAUUGAACAAGCUAUUCUAUUUGCAGGGGAGAAAUGUAAUUUUAUUUCUGUCCCCCCCCGGAUUUUGAUCCCGUUAGAAGAACAUUGCAUUGUGGGUAUGGUGUAGUCAGAGCCCUUAGGAGCUAACAAUGGAGGAUUUUGAGUAGAAACUCCCCUCUCAUUCCCAAAUGACAAUGGCCUCUUGUAUGUGUGUUUGUGCCUGCGCAUAUCUUUUUGGGGGAGGGAGUGGAAAAGAGGAAAUGUCCAUGUGUGUGUGUGUGUGUGUGUGUGUGUGUGUCUGUCUGUGUGUGUGUGUGUACGUGUGUGUCUGUGUGUGUCUGUGUGUGUGUCUGUCUGUGAGUGUGUCUGUGUGUGUGUGUGUGUCUGUGUGUGUCUGUGCGUGUGUGUCUGUGUGCGUGUGUCUGUGCGUCUGUGUCUGUUCCGUGCGUGUGUCUGUUCCGUGCGUGUGUCUGUGCGUGUGUGUGUGCAAGUUGAAGAGCUUGCCACUCACCUGUCUCACGGUUCUUGACCCCUGAGUAAUGUUUCAGUUGAUCUGAGCAGGAAAAUGGACCUAAUGCUCGCACCUUAGCCUGUCUUAUCGCCCUUAGUCUGUUCAUUUGAAAUGUAUUUUAAAGGAAAAGUGCAAUAUGGGCUUUCAUCUACACACCUGUAGCUUCAACAUAGCUUCCUAACAAGGAUGUUUUUUUUACAACAGACAUAAGGUGUCCCAAAUGGCACCUUAUUCCCUACAUAGUGAACUACUUUUGAACAGAGCCCUGUAUAGAGAAUACAGUGAUAUUUGGGACACAGACAUUCACAGCAUACUGGGAGUUGACAUUCAGAGGCACAGAGAAAAAUGUCUCCUGACUGGCCCUUUAAAAAUACAAUUGGGCUGUGUGUGCUGUUGCAAUGUGCUUUUUUGUGUGUAUUUCACUCUCCACCUUGUGUCAUUGUAGAUGCUGUGUGCAUACUGUAUGUGAAAAAAAGAAACAAUGAAUGCAUAAACUUUAACUUCACUGACGUGCAUACACAUGCAUGGGAAAAUGUUGACAGGUUUUCUUAGCUUUAUUUGUAUGUGUCAAGCUGAAAUGGACCAUUCAACUCUAUUUCAUCAACUUUGAUUAUACAAGCCCUCUGCAACACAGUGAAUCUGUAUUUUAGCGUGAGCUUCUUUUACAACGAAACCGUUACACUGUCUAUCUCGUAGUAGUGUAGUCCCAAGCAUUUUAUUCAUGGUUAUAAUGGCAAACACUUGAUUCAUAUUUGACUUGUUUUAAUUUUUACCAGCUGGCUGGUUUAUUUGUUCUAUGCAGCAGACAUGUAUUGGUAAACCUGUACCUGUGCUCUACUUUGAAACGUUGAAAAUUCAAGUAGACAAAAAAAAUAUAUACACUAAAGAGUUGUAAUAAUUGGUUAUUUCUGAUUCCCCUGCUACUGUUUUUAUUUUUACAAGAGGGCUCAUUGUAUAUUUCUUGAAUUGUUUGGGUUCUGUUUUCAUACAUUCUUGACUAUUUGUAACCUGUGAUUUUUCUAACAAACGAGUUGAACCAAUAUGUUAACAUGAGGUUCUGCUGUCAUGAAUGGAGCGCUAAGGAUUUUCUGCUGCAUAUUUGAAAUAUGAAUUAAUCAACACAUCACUAUGGAGGGUGAGGUUUCUCUGAUGCAACACAUCACUAUGGAGGGUGAGGUUUCUCUGAUGCAACACAUCACUAUGGAGGGUGAGGUUUCUCUGAUGCAACACAUCACUAUGGAGGGUGAGGUUUCUCUGAUGCAACACAUCACUAUGGAGGGUGAGGUUUCUCUGAUGCAACACAUCAUCAGAUAUUUGUCAUGGCUUUUCAGCCACUAUAUCACCUCCAUUUUGUGGUUUGAAGUACUUGGUAAGAGGAUGGCAGUCAAGACAGAUUGCUCUCUGAAAGACCGAGUACUGUAAAUCACUUUCAUUGUUCAAUCAGAUAUUUUAAAAAGAAAAUCAAUAAUUUCUUUGAAAAUCAUAAUUUGCAAACUCACAUGGACCUUUCGUAAGGCUAAUCAGCUCAGUAGGUAGGGGAACCAGAAUUUAAAUGGGGACCAGAUAUACCAUUCCUCCGUCUGAAACCUAGGCUGCUAUGAUAUUCAUGAUAACAGCACUUAGGUCUGGACUACUAACUUGACAUAACAUUUGAUCUAUUUCAAUUAUUUAUCCUCUAUUUCUUUUAUUUUUGUUAAUCUUUGUAAAGGGAUUUUAAAACUAUGCACACGAGUCCAAGACUCUCCGAGAGGUCCACCCAAACUUAUGACCUUAAGAAUUAUAAUGUUAAUAAUAAGAGAUGUAUAUGAUUAAAAAAGUCAACAGUUAAUGAAUUUAUAUCAAUAGACGACUAUUGAAAUGACUAUUUUUCUGAUUUUCCAGAAUUAUUUAGACAUUUAUUGUAAACACACACACACACACACACACACACACACACACACACACACACACACACACAGGUAUUGCUCCAAAGUUUAUCUUUUUUUUUCUCCUAAAAUGCAUUUAUUCUGUCACAUUCAACUCACAUGUGGAGGGACACUGUGACAUGAUGAAUUGGAACUAUAUAUGUACACACAUUGUAAUGUUUCCUAUUCAAGAUGGUAAAUGUCUAUUUGAACAAUUUAAAUGUCAUAUUUUGGGGAAAUAAAGCCGUUGUUGGGUAUCUAAAAUUAAAAUAAAA